AACACAAAACCCUCAGAAUCCGAUCAUGGAAUAGCAAAACCCAUUUCCCGUCGGCCGUCAGCACCCAAAAUCGUAGCUACAAUGAACACCAAACUCCUCUCUCUCAGAACCCUCAUUUCUCUUUCCUCCUCCUCUUCUUCGUUUUCUUCAUCCCCAUCUUCACUCUCAGUUUUCAUUUCCCAUUUCUCCACUCUCCAGCACUUCCCUUCUCCUGUGCAUUCUUUGCAACGGCGCCACGAGGAGGAGUCGCGGCAGGUGAGAGUGUCCGUGUGGUGGGACUUCGAGAACUGCCAUUUGCCUGCAGGGGCAAACGUCUUCAGGAUUGCUCCCACUAUUGCUGCUGCAUUGAGGGCUAAUGGGAUCAAGGGUCCUAUUCAGAUAACCGCCUUUGGGGACGUUUAUCAACUGUCUAGAGCCAAUCAGGAGGCUCUUUCUGCUACUGGUAUCAAUAUUUCUCAUGUUCCUCAGGGUGGAAAGAACAGUGCUGAUAGGUCACUUCUUGUUGAUCUCAUGCAUUGGGUAUCCCAAAAUCCUCCACCGGCGCAUCUUUUUCUAAUCUCUGGUGACAGGGAUUUUGCUGGCAUAUUGCAUCGAUUAAGGAUGAGCAACUAUAACAUUCUUCUUGCAAGUAAUCAAUCUGCCCCUAGUGUUCUUUGUAGUGCUGCAAGUAUCAUGUGGCAUUGGAAUUCCCUGGUUAAAGGAGAGAACGUAACUGGAAAGUAUUUUAACCAACCUCCUGAUGGUCCUUAUGGUUCUUGGUAUGGCCAUUAUAAGGUGCCUCUAGAAGACCCCUUUUCAGUUGGCCAAAACAAGGAAGAACCCAUUUCAGUUGGCCAAAAAAUGGAAGACCCCAUUUCAGUUGUUGAGCAACCAGCAUGCUCACAGACUAAGGAGUUGCCUGAUGGUGCUUCAGAUUCUAAGCUUCGUCCAGUUCCAAAAGCAGUCAUGAAGCAGAUUCGCCAAAUUUUGAGCUCCUUCCCUGAAGGAAUUUCCAUUGGAGACCUCCAUUAUGAGUUGAAAAGAAGUAAUGUGCACCUUGAUAGAGACUUAUAUGGGCAUAAAAAGUUCUCCCGCUUUCUUUUAUCAAUGCCCCAUAUUUUAAAGCUUCGGUCUGAAGGCAGCGGUCAAUUUCUCAUACGUGGUGUCACUGUAAAAGCUCGUGAACCAAAUGGAUGUAUGUCCAAGGAAAAUGGUUCAGAUGAUGAAGAUGUGGCUUGCAAGCCAAUACUGCAGCCUUCCCCUGGAGUGAAUGCAAAAUAUACUCCAAAAAAUUCUCAACAAGUAACUCCAGGUGAUUAUAAUAGUAUCAAACCAGAUGCUGAAGAGCCUUCAAAUGAAGUCCUACGGUCCCAUCCAGGUGAGCAGAAAGCUUUUAAGCCAGCUGCUAAGCAGUUACAAGAGAGUCAAGUGGCUGGUGUAUUGGAAAUGGAGUCCACAUCUGAAGUUAGUUUCUUUAGAAAAUUUUGGCAAAGAUGGUUUGGGCAUGAUAUCCCACAAAAUGUCUAUUCUGGAGGCAGCUCUGAGGACAAAGGGCCCAGUAUUCCAAAAAAUUGCAUUGCCUCAGGGGGUGAUUCUGAAAGGGUGCAAAUGGAGGAAAACUGUCCUAAAAAACUACGUCAGGAUGUUGACCAUAUUUCUCUUUCAUCAUCCAUUGAUGAAUCAACAGCUGCCAACAAAACUAGUUCUGAAACAAGUGAAAACAACUCAGAAAAGAGUACAGGUUUCUUUAACCGGUUUGCGAACUGGUGUAGAUUUUGGAGAAGCAGCAAGAAGUCUGAUGCAUCUGGUGACCAAGCUAGAGAGAAACCGAACCGGAUUAACUCUGAAUCUCAAAAACAUGAGGUGUUUUCAGAGGAGUCUUUCUGGAAUAACAUGGAAACCUUUCUGCACUCUCUCACAGGAUCCUACCUUGUCCUCAAUUCAAAGACCAGGGAGGAGAUGGCACAAAAUCUUCUUAGGGAAGGGCCUUCUAAUCUUAAAUCUCUCAGUAACACUGAUCUUCUUCACUUAGUUGAUUUGUUAAUAUUGGAUAAGAAAUGGGUGGCAGAACUCCCCUCUCAAACUUUGCCUUUCAGGAUUACAGGGGCUGCAAAGAAGUGUUCUGCUUUGGGUGAUUUUCACGCUGCAAAUGAACUAAGUUCUAUCUUUUCGCGCACUCCAUCAUCACAUGCCAGGUUUCAGCCAGAAUGUGAUGGAGAGAAAAAGUUUAAUAAUGUACCGCAGUCCAGCGUUUCUGCUACAACCAACAAUAUGAAAUCUUCAGAACAGUCUAGAAGUGAGACAUUAGCUGACUGUAGAAAACUUGUGAGGGAAAUACUGAAGAAGUAUCCACAGGGAUAUAAUGUGAAAUCCUUCAAAAAACUGUUCCUUGAGAAGUAUGGUUAUUCUUUUGAUGAACAAACUCUUGGUUAUAGAAAAUUGACUACCCUGUUGGAGAUGAUGCCUGGGGUAAAAAUAGAGUCAAAUUACAUAUUUCCUUCCAAUGUGGCUCCAAAUGACUCAGGCCUGGAAACUGCCUUUCUUAACAUUCAAGAAAGUAAUGUCAGUCGUGCAUUAGGGAACUCAGAAGAUGCAACACCUGACGUACUGAAGAGCGUGAACCUAUCAUGCAGGACAAGGAAGAAGAGUGAUUAUUCUGACUCUUUAUGGGCAGAACUGGGGCCUGUUUCGAACACAAGUUCUAACCACAAGGAACUGCAAUCAGUGUGUAGGAGUAAAACAACUGAAGAAAACAAGAGACACACAUAUCCUGAGUAUGAGCCUUGUCUUUCAGAUGAUGAACUUUCAGAUUCAGAAGGUGAAACCUCAACUUCAGAACAAGCAAAAGGUCAAGGGAAACCAGAGAUAAAUGAUGAAGGGAGCUCAUUGAUCCAAAUCCUUGAUUCAUGGUAUGGUAGCCAUAAAGGUGCAGACAGAAUGAACACAAUAGAGAAAGAUGAGGAAAUGAUUGAUUGUUCUAGAAAUGAUGCAAAGCCAAAUGAUACAUCUGAAUUGGAUUCAAAGCUUGAAAGAUUGAUAGAGAACCAAAGAAGAAAGCAUGGACAACAAAAGAGCUACAAUUUUGUUGCAAACCAAGUUGAGGACAGGGAUUCUAAGCUAGUUGAUGACAUAUUGGGUGGUUUUAAGAAAUCGAGUGAGUCAAGGAUCCAGAGCUGAUGAGUAGAUAGGAGUAAAGAAAAGGGGUAAACAAUCUAGAUUAAUUAUUCUUAAUUUUUCCCAUUAACUUUUAAUAGCAAAUGGUGGGGUAAGCAGUUAUGCCUUUACAUCAAUGCUUUCUGCUGAGUUUAUACUUUAUAGUGCAGACUGCAAAGAAUAAGCUUUUGAAAAUGAGGCGCACAUCAUUGUACCAAAUAUUCUCCUUGUUGCAUGGAAAUCACUACUGCUGAGUGCUGAUAUUAUUUUUUCUCCAACAAAUCAUCUGUGCCAAUUAGCUGUCAUUUGCACAUGCAAGUUUCAGCAUUCUGUUGCUGUGGCAGUACAUUAUCAA